CGAGACUGGCCAAUCCGCAAAAAAAUUGCCUGGAACUAGACAGCUCAGCCCACUACCAUUGAUGGCUCAGCUAAUAUUUCCUCGAUUGGUUCGGUGACAGUUUCUAAUCACGACAUCUUUUCUUUUUUCUUUGCCAGUGAGAACCCAGUUUUCAGAUUAUUCCCCUUGUUAGUUCUUCAUCAUUCAUUUUUAUUCGUCAUACUCGUCUCGCGCGAAAAGAGCAGCAGUGGAGUGCAAAAAUGUCGUCGGCCGCAGCGAGCGCGACAGCGGGUUCUGUCACGGGAAAAACACCCCGCAUCCUCGCCUGCGUGCUGUGCCAGGUAAAUACAACCGGUUACCUACCGGAACGAACGACAUUCGCGUACACACAGGCUGACCCGCGAGAUCAAAAUGUUCACAGCAUCGCAAAAUAAAAUGUGACAGAUCUUUUCCGUGUGCGAAUUGUCAGAGGGCUAACGUACAAUGUACCCCGAGCACGCCCGCGCCUGCGCGCAAGCGAAGAAGACCAAACCAGGACCUUCAGGAGAGAUUGGCGCGUUGCGAGGAACUAUUGAAGGAAUACGCACCAGAUGGCAAGCCCGACAUCGCAAGACUGACUACGAAACGCUCCAGCUUAUCCCAGAGUCCACCCAAGGGCGAGGAGCCGUUGCCAGAAUGGAACCGCCACGGCAAACUGAUUCACGAGGACGGAAGCGUUCGAUUCGUGGAUUCGUACAUGCUGAGCACUAUAUAUGACGAGCUUCGGGCCAUGCGUGACAUCAUUGACCAUGACGAGAGCACCCCGGAAGACGAAAGCUCCGAUUACAUGACCCCGGAUACGAACGCAGACCUCCUCUUUGGCGGAGAUACUCCGCAACCCGCAGGAAACUCCAUGGAAUUGCAACCAAGUCCAGGGCACAUCUUCCGCUUGUGGCAGGUGUUCCUGGAUCGGGUCAACCCCCUAAUCAAGCUCGUCCAUGUACCGUCUCUCCAACCAUAUUUUGUUGAAGCUACUGCCGGUGCCCCGCUGCCAAAGAAUAUCGAGGCCUUGCUGUUCUCCAUCUAUACGCUCGCCGCUGUCUCGUUGUCCGAUGCAGAAUGCACAUCUAUACUCGGAUACGGCCGGGAGGCGGCCCUCCAUCGAUUUUCUUCGGGUGUUCGCGCCAGUCUAAUUCGCAUCGGCUUCCUCAAAACACACGAUUUGACCACGCUUCAAGCGCUCGUCCACUAUCUUAUCUCGCUGCAGGGCAGAUACAACAGGCAUGCAGCAUGGGUGCUCAAUGGUGUGGUAAUAAGGAUAGCUCAGAAGAUGGGCAUACAUCGGGACGGCACAAUGCUGGGUCUACCGCCUUUCGAGACUGAGAUGCGGCGACGUCUUUGGUUUCAAAUAUUGUCAAUGGAGUUCAAGACUGCUCUUAUGUCCGGCCUAGGCCAUUCACUACUCCCAAGAGUCUGGGACACCCAAGAACCCAAGAACGUCAACGAUGCAGAUCUGCAUCCCUCAGCGACCGAGCCCGUCAAAGACCGAGAAGGCCCGACCGAGAUGAUUUUUGUUCUGAUCACGAACAAAGUUGCCCGUUUCAUCGUGGAAAGUCCCGGAAUUGAGCCUAUUUUCCUGUACCACGACGAGAAGGUCAAAAAAAUACCAGGCGCACCAAGCGAGGAAAAGAUAAAAGAGUUUCGCGGCCUGAUUGAUGGGCUUUCAAAGUCCUUGCUUGAGCUUACCGAUAAGUACUGCGAUCCGGCAGCAGGUCCUCUUCACCAAUACACCAUCGAAUUCCAGGACAUUAUCAUGCAGCGCAUCAGGGAAUCACUCGAGCCUGGUGAUGCAACAAUCGAGACACACAUAGACCACAUGUUUAAAAUGGCAGUCGAGUCUUUCGAAAGUACCGUAGUCAGCUAUCGGAACUCUUGCAAGGUUGCAUAUCUUUGGUUUCUGCGGUUGCAGUUCCACAACGACCUUUUCACAUUCCUGGCUGGACAACUAAGUCAGAGACCCUCGGGUCCCCUUGUCGAUCGUGCCUGGGAGACCGUUGAGAAUAUAUUACCAUAUCACCCAGAGUUACUCAAAGUCAACGCUAGCAAAGAGAACCUGCUGCUGGCAUCCCUUCUUGUCAAAGGAUGGAACAUGAGGGAAGAGUAUUGCUCAACGCAAAUGGGCAUUACACUCAACACGCCUCCGUACAUUGAGCACUUGAGGUCGGUGGUACCGCAGGAUUAUGUCAAGAGCGAGAACAGUAGUCCCUCGGCGCUCUCUCGAAUUCCCAAGGCAAACCGCAUGGUCACUAGGGAAGCGGCCAGCGAUCAAUUAUCAGUGUCUGGGCCGAUGGAUCCGACAUUCGAUGAGUUUAUCGGCAACUACCUGGACGGGGCAGAUUGGGACGUCUUUUCAAGAAUCAAUUUGGAAAACCCUGCAUUCCCCGGCGUGCCAGCUACGGGUAUCACGCCACAGGUCAACGCGACAGCUAGCGACAUAUUGCCAUCGACUCGAAUAGACCAUACCGACCCCAACCAGACGUCACAUCAGUUCGCAAUGUAUGGUAUCGACCCGCAAUCAGCAUGGCAAUAGGUGUGAACUUACGCUUGGUUAAGAUUGUUAUUUUGAAGGCAUGGGCAUGACGAAUUUUUGGAUACAUACUGGCCGUUAUAAAUGGCGCAUGUCCCUCACGACACCGUUUGGAAACGUUUAACGCUACCAAUGUUUGACUCGAUAUGAAUACUGCCCCCUCUGCUCAUUUUUUCCCCACUUCUUUUCCCCUUUGUUCUUGUGGCGUUGUUUUGGUUGAUUUUGGUCAUAAAGGACAGGGCUACAGGAGUCCACUAGAUGAGAAAUCUGUUCCUUGGAGGUUUUCGGUUAUAAUUUAUCUUUUUUCUUGUUCAUUCUUAUCUCACAACGGCACCAAUACAGCAAAUAAAGGAGAAGAUGGGAAAACAGGACGUUUCUGGCCUUGUUCAUUAGGAAGUGCGGGGUUUGUGAAUCUGGCGUCUUGGAAGGACUCGAUUCAAUCUUGCUGAUGGGAUGGUUCUGCAGAUGCCGGCAAAUUUCACGAUAUGGUUUGCAUAGCGAAAGGCAUGGGAUUGCUUGCUCAUUUCUUUCAAGUUUCAGAAAUAUACGUAUGCUCGCCACAGUCAAAUUUCACAUGAAUGUUGGUCGUUUAUCUUUAUUUUGUGUUUUCCUCUGUAUCAUACAUGGUCAGGUUCACAACUCGUGGCCGUCUAGACGAGCAUACACCACCUAAACUCUGUUUGACUGCCUCGGCGAGAUGAGCAGCAGACACGUAUGCAUCUGAGCUCUGCCACCCUUUUUUUUUCUUUUUUUUCGCACUUGGAGAAAGCAAACGUAGAUUCUUGGGAUGGAUGCAUGCAAGGGGAAUUGCCACCAGCCUUGGCCUGAUGAGCCUACCGGGUCAGUGUGUGUUCAAGUUAGUUACCGUUUUGAGAAAAAAUCAUGUCCCGGCGACUGGACCCGCCCGUAGGGUUCUCCGAGUUGCACUCUG